GUUUUAUUCAUUCAAAUUCAUUAGAAACAUCUGAGAAUCAAAACAAAAAAAUCACCAAUUCCCCAUUAUCAUCUACAUGUUGAGUAGAUAAUAAAAUAGUCAUCAGAUUAAAUAAAUGAUGAUGAUGAUGAUGAUGGCUAUUACGUCAUUAAAAUUGAUUAUAAUGAUCACAUUGUUGAUGAUAAUCAUCAACACCGGUAUUGGUCAUGGUCAACAACGAUCAUCAACAACAUCAACGACAAAAAAUUUCAAAUGUAAUCGUACAAAAUUUGAAGAUGAUUUUGAUCGUCUUAUGGUUGUUAGCCAUCCAAAGCGUACAUUUCCAGAGAAUCAAGAUGAAUUGAAAAAAUUUUGUCUUGAAUCAAAAGAAAUAUUCUUUUCAUUGAAUCAAUAUAAAGAUCGAUGUUCACAAGAAACAUUGAAGAAUUUUGUUUCAAUAAUUCUUUAUUCAGUACGUGGUAGCACUAAACGUGUAUGUACGAAACGUAAAUCACCACAAACAGUGGCAUUGAUCGAUGCAUCCAAUUGUAUUAAUCGUAAUAAACGUCUGAUUGGUCGUUGUAUGGAUCGUGCAAGUCUUAAUUAUGCUGCUAUUAAACUUGUGGAUAAUGUGAUGAAAAUGCCAAAUCUUUGUUGCCAAUUUGUUGAAAUUAUACAAUGUUUCACACAAGUAAUGACUAAAAAUGGCUGUGAAGAUAAACUGCCUGUACUAUUGGAAACCAUUACCGGUGUUGUUGGAAAUUUUCUUGAUUCAACAUGUGGUGAAUAUAAUCUAGAUACGGAUAAAUGUGAAAAACUUGCACCAUUACCAGUGAAAAAUCUUAAACCACAUUCAAAAAAUUUUGUUACAAAUCUAGUUGAUAUAUUCAAAACUGUUUGAUGAUGAUCCUAAUGACAUAAUUUUUUUUCUGAUUAAUUACUAAACGUGAUUAUCAUAUACAUUUUUAAAUCAUGAGAAGCAAUUUUGAUGAUUCUGGUUUUUUUCCUUGAUAAAUAUAAAUAUAUAAAUAAAUAAUUUAUGAUCA